AUGGCUCCGCUUCCUCAUAACGAGGCGGAACUGGACAGCCAUACUUCGGACUUGGCCAGCCAGGACUCUCCGCUGCGCCGACAAUUCUCCGAGCCAUUGCACGCUCACUCUACUUCUACACAGGCGUCUCCAUCCCCCUCCCCUAUGACGCACAAAUCUAAAUGCUCUUGGUGUGGCAAGGGAUUCGAGUCUGCCAAUGAUCCCAAGUCGCAACAAGAUGCUCUCAAAGAACACAUUGCUACUGUUCACCCGCACAUUGCCAAGUUCUCCUUGUAUGGUGGUCCCGGCGACGAUGAAGAAUCUCAACUUCAGGAAGCCAAUCCUCAAGCAGAGGACAAUGCAGAGGUAGCGGCCGAGAGUGAAGCGGAUGACGAAGAGCAAGAUGAAGCCACUGCAAAUGGCGUGACUGAGGCGACGGAAGCUUACGAUAACGACAAGGACCAAAGCGUCGAUGGCGAUGAAUUGGAGGCUGACGGUCCAGAGGCUGACGCUCUUUCUAAUCAACUUCAUGAGUUCUCUCGCGGUCAAGACUCAGUCUCGUUGGAUCAACGUCUUCACAAUUUGUGGAACGUCAAUGAUAUCCGUAAAUUCUCGGAUGACUACGACGAGAAAUCGUCUGAGCUGGACCACUCUUGGUCCAUGGUGCUCCGGGACCCGAAGCGCGCCAAGAAGCGUGAAAGCAACGAGUUCGCUGAACGGCCUGAACCGUAUAGGAAAGCGAAAGCUGCCAAAGGGGAGUUCCUCGAAAUGACUUCCCUAGAAGAAUUUUUGGCGCAGCUUCGGGACCCGGAGCACCGUUCGACCGAAGAGCUGUAUGCUAUCACGGAAAACGUGGCAUACGCCUUGAAAGCGUGGCAGGAUGAGUAUAUAGCGAUAGAGAAGCUGCACAAGCUGGCGACUCGCCAUAACGCCAAGCCAACCAGCGACCCGAGGAAGUUGCAAAGGCCUCAAGUAUUUGAGGAUAAGAAGGAAGCCAUGCUCUACGGCUACAAGUACGAGGCCAAGGAGGAUAAAGUGGGCAACCAGAACCCAUUCACGCAGGGCGGGUUCAAGCCAACGCCCGCUCAAUCCCGAAAGAUGAUGAACAAGAUUGGACCCAAUAAUCCUAACCCGGAUGGCUGGCGCACCAUCGUCAAGUUUGGAGUCGAACACGUGCCGAAGUUCCAAAACCCGCCCCGCGAAGAAUUUGUUGGCAAGGCAACGCGCAAGCGCAAGGCCGCAGAGUUGGAGGCGGCUAACCGAGAGUUGGCAGCGUCUGGCUCCGAAGAGCCCACUAUUGAGACACCAGCUCAGACGGACACGGAAGAGUACGGCCCCAAGCGGCGCACGCGUGGCCGUCGCCCUGGCACCGAGGUCGACGAAGCCCAGGCAUCCGCGACACCCCCUCGAGGUGCGGUUCGGGGACGUGGAAGUGGCCGCGGCCGCGGUAGAGGUGCAGCUCGUGGAGGCGGAGUCAUUGCUUCGACGGAGGUAUAUCAGCCGGUGGCUGCUGCGACCUCAGCACCACGACCAUCAUCUGGACGGGGCGAACAUGUCGCCAGCUCCCUUCAGGCACGGCCUGCCACUGCCCAGUUGCCGCCGAUCGAACCGGCACCGAGUGGUACGACGCCUACGCCUCCCGCAAGCAUACAGCCCAGCAGCACGCUGGAGGAUGGGAUGGAUCCCGCUGAACAGGCCCGGCGACAGAAGAUUGCCAACUCGAAGAACCCGAAGCGAACAGAGGCCAUGCUUAACCACUGGGCGCGUUUCAACCGCGAGGGUCGGGUGCGCAAUCCCAAACGAUCCAAGGCUCAGAUCGAGGCCGACCGCGCAGCGGAGGCUGCCCGGAAGGCAUCCGAGCCCCCAAAGCCGGGAAAGAUCAAGAAGAAGCCGGAGGGCGGGGUGUAUGGGGAGCCUGCGCGACCCAACGCAGGGAUCGCGCCCGCACCGAUGCCUGCAUCAACACCCUUGGCCCCUGGUCCUCCUGCGCAUCAUCAGCUCGCGCCGAUUGCUGCCCCGCGACCGUCACUUACGCCAUAUGCUCCUAUCGAUCCUCGAGCGGUGGCACCGUUUCCAGGGCCUCAUGGUCUUUUGCAGCAAGCGCCGCUGCAGCCGUAUCGCACACCUUAUCCGGAGUAUUACAGUCCUUAUGGGGCGCCUGCGCCUGGGCUGCCACCACCGCAUCCGCGACCUGCGUGACCUACGCUGGCUUGUAUACCUACUUUUCGCUCGUUGUAUGUAUUAUUGUGCUUUUGUUAUCCUGUGAUUAGUGAGCGUGCUUUCAGCGACAGGCGUCGGGGCUUUUGCGAUCCGUGGUUGGUUGUGAAUAUUGCCAACCAGGUAGGAUGUACAUUGGGCACAUAAAAGGCUGUAUUAUACAAUAAUUGCCACACUCUUAUUUCAGC